AGCGACGCGGGGCGACGCGCGGCGGAACGCUCGGGGCGGAUGGAGGAGCGCGCGGACGCCGCGACCCGCCAGGGCGACCAGCCCGGCUUCUUGCAGACCCUGCAGACCCAGAGCCGCGCAGAGGCGGCGCGGACGGCGGCGCGGGUGCAGGAGGAGGACCUGAGGCAGUGGGGCCUGACAGGGAUUAACCUACGCUCUUACCAACUGGAGGGAGUCAACUGGCUAGCCCAGCGCUUCCAAUAUCAGAAUGGCUGCAUCCUGGGAGAUGAGAUGGGCCUGGGGAAGACCUGCCAGACUAUUGCUUUCUUCAUUUACUUGGCAGGAAGAUUAAAUGAUGAAGGACCAUUCCUCAUUCUUUGUCCCUUGUCUGUGUUGAGCAACUGGAAAGAAGAGAUAGAAAGAUUUGCUCCAGGUCUUUCCUGUGUAACAUAUACAGGUGACAAAGAGGAGAGAGCCAACCUACAGCCAGACCUAAGACAGAAGCCAUGUUUUCAUGUGUUGCUGACUACCUAUGAGAUUUCUUUGAAAGAUGCAGCAUUUCUAAGAUCCUUCCAUUGGAGCGUUCUUGUUGUGGAUGAAGCUCACAGGUUGAAAAAUCAAAGCUCCUUGCUGCAUAAGACACUUUCAGAGUUCUCAGUAGUCUUCAAUCUCCUGCUGACCGGUACUCCCAUCCAGAACAGCCUCCAAGAGCUCUACUCCCUCCUCAGUUUUGUGGAGCCUGAUCUCUUUUCCAAGGAGCAGGUGGAAGAUUUUGUUCAGCGUUACCAGAGUAUUGAGAAAGAGUUUGAGUCAGCAAGUGAACUACACAAACUCUUGCAGCCAUUUCUGCUGAGGCGAGUGAAAUCUGAGGUAGCUACGGAUCUUCCCAAGAAGACAGAAGUAGUGAUAUACCAUGGCAUGUCGGCACUGCAGAAAAAGUACUACAAGGCCAUUUUGAUGAAAGACCUAGAUGCAUUUGAAAAUGAGAUGGCAAAGAAAGUUAAACUUCAGAAUGUCUUAUCCCAGCUUCGAAAGUGUGUGGAUCACCCAUAUUUGUUUGAUGGUGUGGAACCAGAGCCUUUUGAAAUUGGAGACCACCUGAUUGAGGCCAGUGGGAAACUUCACCUGCUGGAUAAGCUAUUGGCAUACCUAUAUUCUAGGGGCCAUCGAGUUUUACUUUUCUCCCAAAUGACCCAGAUGUUGGAUAUUCUCCAGGACUACAUGGAUUAUAGAGGCUACAGUUACGAGCGUGUGGAUGGUUCCGUGAGAGGAGAGGAGAGAUACCUGGCCAUUAAGAACUUUGGACAGCAGCCCAUUUUUGUAUUUCUUCUAAGUACCAGGGCAGGUGGAGUUGGCAUGAACUUAACGGCAGCAGAUACCGUUAUUUUUGUUGACAGCGAUUUCAAUCCUCAGAAUGACUUGCAGGCAGCCUCCAGGGCUCACCGAAUAGGCCAGAACAAGUCUGUUAAGGUUAUCCGGCUGAUCGGCAGAGACACCGUGGAAGAGAUAGUUUGUAGGAAAGCCGCCUCCAAGCUGCAGCUCACCAGCGCAAUCAUGGAGGGAGGGCAUUUUACUCUGGGAGCCCGGAAGCCUGCAGGUGAUGCUGACCUCCAGUUGGGUGAGAUACUCAAAUUCGGUUUGGAUAAACUGCUGUCCUCUGAGGGGAGCACCGUGGAUGAAAUAGACCUGGAGUCUAUCCUGGGAGAAACAAAAGAUGGCCAGUGGAUCUCUGAUGCCUUGCCUACCGCAGAGGAAGGAAGCAGAGAGCAAGAGGAAGGAAAAAAUCAUAUGUACUUAUUUGAAGGGAAAGACUAUUCUAAGGAGCCCAGCAAAGAAGACAGAAAAUCAUUUGAGCAACUGGUGAAUCUUCAGAAAAUCCUUUUGGAGAAAACUAGUCAAGAGGGCCCGUUACUCCGAAAUAAAGGCAGUGUUCUCAUGCCAGGCCUUGUGGAGGGUUCUGCCAAGAGGAAGCGGGUUCUAAGUCCUGAAGAGCUGGAGGAGAGAAGGAAGAAAAGACAAGAAGCAGCGGCCAAGAGAAAGAAACUAAUAGAAGAGAAGAAGAGGAGAAAGGAAGAGGUGGAACAUAAGAAAAAGAUGGCCUGGUGGGAGUCCAAUAAUUACCAGUCCUUCUGCCUGCCUUCCGAGGAGAGUGAACCCGAGAAUCUAGAGGACGGGGAAGAUGAGAGCUCAGUCCAACUGGAUUAUGAAGAUUCAGAUGCGACCUCCAUCAAGUAUGUUAGUGGUGAUGUCACCCACCCACAGGCCGGCGCGGAGGAUGCUGUGAUCGUGCACUGCGUAGAUGACUCUGGCCACUGGGGCAGAGGUGGUUUAUUCACAGCUCUGGAAAACCGAUCCACUGAGCCAAGAAAAAUAUAUGAGCUGGCUGGGAAAAUGAAAGACUUGAGUUUGGGAGGUGUCCUUUUAUUUCCUAUUGAUGAUAGAGAGUCAAGAAACCAAGGGCAAGAUUUGUUGGCCUUGAUUGUGGCUCAGCACCGUGAUCGCUCCAAUGUCCUGUCCGGCAUUAAGAUGACAGCCCUAGAAGAGGGCCUGAAGAAGAUUUUUUUAGCAGCAAAGAAAAAGAAAGCAAGUGUCCAUCUCCCACGCAUUGGGCAUGCUACGAAAGGUUUCAACUGGUAUGGUACUGAGCGACUUAUACGGAAAUACUUGGCUGCAAAAGGCAUCCCAACUUAUGUAUACUACUUUCCCAGAAACAAGGCUGCCGUCCCUCAUUCACAGUCCUCAUCUUCCUCCUCAGGACAGCUGCCGCCCUGAGAACCAGCCCCGGCUCAGCCCCAGCCCAGCCCCAGCCUAGCCCCAGCCUUCAGCCACUAGCUAAGGGUUUUGCUCAGAACUACUCUAAUAGAAUAUUUUGAAAGGAAUUGGUAUCUGAAAGGUGGGCCUCUUUUUUUUUAAUUCUAAUUUUGUUGUGGAUGUGUUGCUCUGACUGGUACCUGUAAUACAGGGAUGUAUACGUUAGUUGGGAAAGUCCUUUGGCAGCUUCUCAGGGCCCCAGUUGGCAUAGCUAUUUGAAUAAUAAUAAAAUUUCUAUCUCUAA